AUGCUGCCGUAUGGCUGCCUAUCCAUCGGGGACUGUGUGGGACUUAUCGAGGUGGUGAAGAACAGUUUCACCAUCAUGCAGAUUCAGUGCAAAGGAGGCCUGAAGGGGGCGCUGCAGUUCAACUCCAACACCCUGCACCACUGGAUCAAGGACAAGAACCGCGGGGAGGGGUACGACCGAGCCAUCGACCUGUUCACCCGCUCGUGUGCAGGUUACUGCGUAGCAACGUUCAUCCUGGGAAUCGGAGACCGACACAACUCCAACAUCAUGGUGAAGGAGAACGGACAGCUGUUCCACAUCGACUUCGGUCACUUCCUGGACCACAAGAAGAAGAAGUUCGGGUACAAGAGGGAGCGAGUCCCAUUCGUCCUCACUCAGGACUUCCUCAUCGUCAUCAGUAAAGGAGUCCAGGAGUCGACAAAGACCAAAGAGUUCGAGAGGUUUCAGGAGAUGUGCUAUAAAGCCUACCUGGCCAUCCGGCAGCACGCCAGCCUCUUCAUCAACCUCUUCUCCCUCCUGCUGGGCUGCGGCAUGCCCGAACUGCAGAGCUUCGACGACAUCGCCUACCUGAGGAAGACCCUGGCUCUGGAGAAGAGUCAGCAGGAGGCGCUGGAGUAUUUCACCAAACAGAUGAACGACGCUCAUCACGGAGGCUGGAGCACCAAGAUGGACUGGAUCUUCCACACCAUCAGACACAUGCCCAACGAACACUGACACACACACACACACACACACACGUACACACACGCACACACGUACACA